AACAGUUGUUUGGCAAUAACCUGUGCGCCUAGCGAAGCGAAAAUGAAAAACGCUUAAUAAUCGCGAUCGGCUAUAAGCGUUACACCUAGUAACGCUCCCAUAGUAGGUGCUAUCCAGCGUGGACAGAAACCAAACUGCCAUUUGCCCGGCUUAUCAAAACAAUCAUGUCAUCACUUAGAUGCCAUGAAAUGAAGUGAUGAGCCUCAUCAGUAAAUUUUAUAUCAUUUCCACCGUUCCAUGAAAUUACUUUAUGACUAAAAUCAAGAGAUCAGACCUCUUUAAUUCUGGUGAUCGCCGAAGAAGGUCGUUUAAGAAGUUUCGCGAGUUAAAACUGUUAAUAGAUCCGAAUAUUAAACAAAGUGAAGUGACGAGAAUUAGUUACAAAUCGUAAGAUUUCACAAAAAUAAGAGGUGAAUACCAAUGCUAAUUUAGAAAUUGUAAUUCAGAAUUAGGUCGUCAGAGUGAGGUGCAGAAAACUGCGUAUGUGAGCGAUUGAUUCGCAAACCUAAUCGACUACAGGUGAAACCUUCAAACGAAGGUUUUUUUGUUGGCUCUACAGGUCCGGUUUUAAGUGGUGGCCUGCAGUGUCGGAUAGUUGUAGGCAUCCGCAUCCACGGUGCGUGGUGGCGCUGCCCAUAUUAACAGCAGGUAGUCAAGGCAUGACGGAACCCAACCGGCGGCCGCACAACCACUAACCGACCGGAGAAUCCUUCUUCCGUUCGAGCCCAACGCCAACGGCCCAGGGUCAGGGGACGAACCCGUCGUAACCAAGCAAUCGCAUUCAUUGACGCACGCCACGACGAUCCAGCGAAUACCGCACGUGGCGGUGGGAGCCACUGUCCGUAGCAUACGAUAGCGAGGAAACUGAAGUUCAUCUCCUCGGCCACGAACCGGAAGCAAGCGCUUUGCGCCGCUGGUAGAUCUGCGUCCAGUGCCCAGCGACCGGCCUCGAUCACCCGGACAUACCAUUCCGUCAAGCCGCUAGUACCAUCUGACGGUGGGCAACAUCGUGGAAGGUGUGGGCCCUUCCGCUGGCGCAGCGAGUAGAACCAUUCCCAGCGCCCAACCGGUGCCGGCCUAUUCGUCCGGACCAGCCACUUCACCAAGCAGCCAGCGUCGCUUGGCAGGGUGAGCCACUCCGCUUGCCAAAACGCCACCGGGACCAACGACACGCCAGGACCGAGCCAAGUAGCAAAGCUACAAUCAGGUUAGAAUAGAAUAAGUAGAGUUGUAGAAAACGUUUGCGCAAACCUAGGGAUUUUAUGAUAAUACAGUAAUGUCGAAUCAACCCGAUGUAUAUAGUAGUUAACCCAAUUUUUGUUACUGCGUUACUGAAAGCGAAAUCCAUAAGCUUGGAGGUUUGAUCCUUAGAUCGUUUAUUUUGGUUAGUUUUUCGAAUUGUGCUUUGAAGUGUUGGUGGACUUUCGGUUUUGAUUACCCGCCUUGAGAUUUCCGGCCGGGCAGGCAUACAUACGCAGUUCCACAUCACUCCGCUUUUGGGGUGUUGGCGCUAAAGUGGAACUUGUUUAAGUAUUUACAAGGCUUAAUUAGGACUUGUCGCAACGGAUAGCGGUUACGUUUUGGAUCCGAUUCCGUUUUUCGUUCGGGUGGAGCAAAAGCGUGCUAUAAAAGUUGUCCGACCCUGUGACACGAACCCUUAGUCGCAGCACAUAAGGUUUGUAUCGUAUCGUUCGGCUUUGCUAGGGGUUCGCCUGUUACAAAUUGGCGCCCAACGUUUCAAAGUGGCAAAUAGUUUCGUUUAAGUUAUUUUGGAUUUAGUUGAAAUUUGUACAAGUAAAGUUAAUUCGAUUUUGUAGAAUAAGUUUUUCUUUGAUUCCUUUUUUUUAGAAUAAUUUUUGGUUUAAGUUCAAAGUGAAUUUACACUUUCUCUAGAUUACUUUCUUUUCCUUUUAAAACAUACUUUUAGCAUUAUACUCUGAAUUCUCGAUUGCAUAUAAUAUCCAAUUUGAAUUGAAAAAUGGCACUGAACUUAUACGACUAUCGCGCCGAUGAGUUAGAUGAAGAUGAAGUUAACUACGAACUUCAGAUUCGCGGUUACCCGUACGACAACGCGUUUGACAGAAAACGUCGCGAUUUACGCACUUUGUUAAAUGAAGAUCGGAAAAAUCCCAGGCUCUACACGGUUACGAUUCCUUUGGAACAAGAUUUGUUGUUGUUUACAUCAAAAAUUACCAACAUACAUCAAGAACUUCAACAACGCGUAACAUCACGUUCUAGGUCGAGACUAAUAAGUCUUCGAAAUCGAAUUUUAAGAGCACCAUCGGCAAAUGCUAAUUUAAAACAAAAGCUUAUUACUGACAUUGACUCUCUACUAAAUAACUAUUUCGACAUGGAAAAUAACCAAGCUACCAUGCCUUCGCAUCAGCGAUUGGCCCAAAAUACUUCGGUGGAAAGGGAGACAGCUCAAAGGGAAUUGAAUCCUCAAGCAACUUCCUAUUUUCCACCAACUUCUGUGACAGCAAGUAUUCAGAGAACAAGCUUGACUCCAAACGCGUCAUUUUCAGUUCCAAUUGUAACUUCUUCGCCAAGUUUUCAAGGCCUAAGGCCGCUAGGCGACAUCAAUCUUCAAGAUCAAGCUGCAGCUUUGCCGAAUCCGACAAAUGCAACACCGCAAAAUAGUCUUCCAACAAACGCUCCUCCACCACAGAGACAGGGACAAUCCGUUAACCCCUUUACUGAAGAGCUCAAACAGUUCAUUAAGGACUCGAUCAAAGAAGCGGUAAGAGUUUAUGUAGAUGAAUGGGCACAAUUCUCAACCCCAUUGGGACAUAAUAAUGUCGAUAAUCCCGCUACGCACAGUAUCGGAAUUAACACUUCCAGGCAGAAUACAGCUACGCCACUUCAAGACAACCAACCUGACUUCGCGAAUUUAAAUAAUUCACAGAAUCAGAGCGCGUGUCCUAACCCAAACCCAGGAUAUUACAAUCACUUAAGAACAAAGAUUGAAAAAUGGCAAAUUUAUUUUAGCGGCGAACCAGGACCAAAAUCACUAUCGGUUUCCGAGUUUAUUCGCCAAGUAACCAUUCUGGUAAAUGAUGAAUAG